CUCUACGUUACAACUUAGUAGCAUCAUGGUCAACAAAUGGUUUGCUUUAGGCGUGGCAUGCGCACCCGGCUCUGCGGCGAUGACGGAUAUCCGCGCUUCUGCCGGCCUGGUUGCUGGGCCAGCGUGGCGCGAUAAUAAUAUUAAUAGCUUGUCGGAUCCAGCUAAAAAUUGCUUUAUACCAACGCGAUGUGUCCUAACCCGUUGACUAGUCGGCGGGCAAGUAAACUUAGCACGUAGCCAAAUUCCGAAAACGUCGUCUAAGCCCCACGAGCAGCCAGCGGCCAGGCGGUGUGCGGAGCAAGUGAGACAUUCAAAGACACCCCUCCAAGUCCUCAGCUCCACCCCGCUACUGGACAAAUUGCGGGAGUCCGCGCCACUGCGACCAGCUCUUAUACAAUAGCUUUGUUUCCCUGUCUAGUUUCUUUUUCUCCUUAUCCAAAGGGCAAACAAUGGCAGCCGCAGUGAAAGACACAGUUUCCGGUAUCCUGGACAAGUUCCAUGGCAAGGCAGAGGAUGCUCCCCGCGAGCCCUCUCCCCAGGAGUUUAACGAGCUCAAGGAGAGGUUCGAGAAAGCUGGCCAGGGCCAGGUCUUCGCGUUUCUCGAAGAACUGAAGCCUGCUGAGAAGACGCAGCUUUUCCACCAGCUCUCUAACUUCGAUCCCAACCGCAUCAAUGAACUCGCGGACAAGGCCUUGAACCCGCCGAAGGCUUCCGCUGAGGAGAAGCAGACCAGCCUGGAACCGUUACCGGAGACGGCGACAGCCUCGAUAAUUGACUCGAACCCCGAGGAGUUGGAAAAAUACUAUAAGGAAGGAUUGAAGCUUGUGGCAGAGAACAAGGUGGCAGUUGUCCUCAUGGCUGGUGGACAGGGCACCCGGCUGGGAAGCUCCGCUCCCAAGGGUUGCUUCGAUAUUGGUCUUCCUAGCCAUAAGUCCUUGUUCCAGAUCCAAGCUGAGCGUAUCGCCAAGGUGCAGCUUCUGGCCCAGAAGGCGUAUGGCAAGGAGAAAGCGGUGAUCCCGUGGUAUGUCAUGACCAGUGGGCCGACCCGCAAGCCGACAGAGGAAUUCUUCGAGCAGCACAAGUACUUUGGCUUGGAAAAGAGCAACGUUGUUAUCUUCGAGCAGGGUGUUCUGCCGUGUAUCUCGAAUGAUGGCAAGAUCCUCAUGGAGAGCAAGGCCAAGGUUGCUGUCGCCCCUGAUGGAAACGGUGGUAUCUACCAAGCACUUCUGACUUCCGGUGUCCGCAAGGAUAUGAGGGACCGUGGAAUUCAGCACAUUCAUGCCUACUGUGUUGACAACUGCUUGGUCAAGGUUGCUGACCCUGUCUUCAUUGGUUUUGCUGCCUCAAAGGACGUCGAUAUCGCUACCAAGGUCGUGAGAAAGCGCAGUGCUUCUGAGUCGGUUGGCCUUAUCCUCCUCAAAAACGGAAAGCCAGAUGUCGUGGAAUACUCUGAGAUCGACAAGGAGACCGCGGAAGCCAAGGACCCCAAGCAGCCUGAUGUCCUCAAGUUCCGCGCUGCCAACAUUGUCAACCACUACUAUUCUUUCCGUUUCUUCGAGUCUAUCGAGACAUGGUCGCACAAGUUGCCACACCACGUUGCUCGCAAGAAGAUCCCUCACAUCAACACCGAAACCGGCGAGUCUGUGAAGCCUGAGAAGCCCAACGGCGUCAAGUUGGAGCAGUUCGUCUUCGACGUUUUCCCCAUGACUCCUUUGGACAAGUUCGCUUGCAUUGAAGUUAAGCGCGAGGACGAAUUCUCGCCUUUGAAGAACGCCAGGGGCACCGGGGAGGACGACCCAGACACGAGCAAGAGAGAUAUUAUGCAGCAGGGUCAGCGCUGGAUUGAAAAUGCUGGUUGUGUCGUUGUUUCGGAGGGCGAGGCGACUGGCGUUGAGGUGUCUCCGUUGAUCAGCUACGCUGGCGAGGGACUGGAAUUCCUCAAGGGACGACAGAUUAAAGCUCCCGCAGUGAUUGAAAAGGAGACUGACGCGUAGAUCAUAUUUUCUCGCAAGUUGUGCCCAGCAUGAUGUUGCAAGCGAAGGUCUUGCUAUGCAUUAAAUAUACACGGGUGGGGAGUUUUAAGUACUAUAUGUCGAUCGAUACACCUUUAUUAAUAUAUCAAGUAAAAAAAACAAAGAAAAACAAAGAAAAAGGAUAUGUACCUCGAGUAUAUCAGUAAUCUUUCAUGAACGCCUGUAUCUUAUUCUAUUCUAAUCUGACAUCGGCAACAAUGCCCAUCUCGACUGUCAUUCCUCGAGUAUGUACAUAGUAGUAGAGUCCGACAGGAACGUGCAGAUACAGCUGGGCCGUGCGUGCGCUGCCAAUAUUAAUCUGGGGGAUGUGGGCCUUACGCAAUGCGGAAAAGCGCGGGAGCUAAAGAUUUUCAAUUUUGUUCCGAAGACCUCACAAUUCUUCUCUUUCUCCUCUUG